GUGAAAUUUGGCUUAACCUUUAACCCCAGUUUGGCACCUUGGGGAACAUAUGGAGAAGGACAGUAUGGAGUCUCUCUCUUUCUCUCUCUUGAGAUUUGAGUAUAUAGUUUUUUCAAGUUCAAAUUGAUCUCUAUUUAAAAAGAGGCGUAGCCCACUGCUUUCUCCCAUGCACUUGUCGUCAUCACCUCCAACACUACUCCUUGUGUGUUUUCUCGCAUUUCCUAUUUCUUCUUAUCCCCCCUCUCUCUCUCCACCUUCAUUUGCACACAUUCACAACCAAUUCAUCAGUAAUUAGGGUUCAUAUAUAUACAGAAAUAAUGUCGAGCAGAAGAUCUCGUUCGAGACAGCCGGGAGGGUCGAGAAUCAGCGACGAGCAGAUGGUGGAUCUCGUCUCCAGACUGCAGCAGCUCAUCCCUGAGAUCCGCAACAGACGCUCCGACAAGGUUUGCGCUUCCAAGGUGCUGCAGGAGACGUGCAACUACAUAAGGAGCUUGCACAGGGAGGUGGACGAUCUCAGCGAUCGAUUGUCGGAGCUGCUGGAUUCCACGGACAGCGACAGCGCUCAAGCCGCCAUCAUUAGGAGCUUGUUAAUGUGAAUCUCAUCCAUUUAUUACUUCCUGUCUAGGGUUUUCCCAUCUUGCAUUGGGUGCUACUGCUACCCUAUCAUGCUGCAUAUUUAUAUAUAUAGUAUUAUAAAAGAUUACCACUCCUUUCCACUUCCAAGCUUAUGGGUACAGUGUAUUAGUGGAGAGUUUCAGUUUUAUUCAUUUUUUGCCGGCUAUAAUAUUACACUAGGCUUUUCAUUUCA